GUUGGUGGGUUUUGGGUAAAAUCCGGUGCGGUCUCUCAAGUUCUCAACUCUCAACUCAAUGCUCGAAUCGAAGUCGUAAGGCUGAACUCUGGUGCGCCGUUUUGUACAAUUCAUUCACCUUCACUCGUACACUAUUACAGUUUGCGCCAAACGCCAAUGGACCCAAAUUAACCACUUUCUCUUCUUCCUCUUUCCCCCCAAUCCAAUACACACCACCAAACCAAACCCUUUCUAGGGUUUCGCCCAAUUCAAUUUCCCUCUAUCUUUCUUUCCUUCCUUUUUUUUUUUUUCAAAUCUCUGAUUAAGAAGAAAAAAGCUUCUGGCUUUCGACUCAAUAGCCAGCCGUGCACCCACUGCAUUACGUCGUCGUUUUCGGUUACCUUCCUCUCAGUUCAUUCCCCUGACUGCCCCACUCUUUGCUCGAGUGCUUGUUCCUCUGCCUCUACAUUUGGCCAAAUUUCACGCGGCGCUUGUCCAUCGGAAGCUUGAAUUUUGGGGAGCUUUUGGUUUGAGCUCGUUUUGAGUUCCUGGUUUUUGAGUGUUUAUCUUUAAUAAAUCAAGGUGUAUUAGGGAUUUAUUUUUUGGGUGGGGCUGGGUGGCGAAGAAGCAUUUUUAAGGUGGGAUGAGUAGUAUAUUCACUGAGACGAUACUUGCGGACAAGCUAUCCAAGCUCAACAGCACCCAACAGUGUAUUGAAACUUUAUCGCAUUGGUGUAUAUUUCAUCGGACCAAAGCAGAACAGGUUGUCAAAACAUGGGAGAAGCAAUUCCACAGUUCACAGAUGGCGGAGAAAGUUCCUCUCUUGUAUCUUGCAAAUGACAUCCUACAGAACAGCAAGCGCAAUGGAAAUGAAUUUGUCUCCGAGUUUUGGAAGGUUCUCCCCGCUGCACUCAAGGAUCUUCUUGAGAAAGGUGAUGAGCGUGGAAAGAAUGUGGUCUCCAGAUUGGUUGCAAUAUGGGAAGAAAGAAGAGUAUUUGGAUCCCGUGCACGGAGCCUCAAAGAAGUUAUGCUAGGGGAAGAAGCGCCUCCGCCUUUGGUGUUCAGCAGUAAGAAACGCACACGUUCUGUUAAAAUUGUAAAAAGGGAUUCUCGUUCCAUUAGAACGAAACUUUCUAUUGGAGGUGCUGCUGAAAAGAUAGUUUCAGCAUUACAUUUGGUGCUUAGUGAACAACCCAAUGAAGAUGCAGAGAUGAGUAAGUGCAAGUCUGCAGUCAGUCGUAUUAGGAGGUUGGAGAAAGAUGUUGACGUUGCCUGUCCUAAUACGAAGGAUCCAAAGCGAAAAACAUUUGCCAAGGAAUUGGAGGAGGAAGAAAAUACUUUGAAGCAGUGUAUUGAGAAACUGAAGUCAGUGGAAGCAAGUAGAGUAGCUCUUGUUUCACAGUUGAAAGAAGCUUUGCAUGAGCAGGAAUCAGAACUAGAGAAUGUUCGAACACAAAUGCAGGUAGCACAUGCACAGGCAGAAGAAGCCAUCAACAUGCGGAAGCGGCUGGAGGGUGAGGAUUAUGUAUCAAAACCAUCAAAUGCGGCCACCUCCUCUCCUGCUGAUGCGAGUGCAGCUGCAGGACAAACACCUAAGAAGUCUGCUGCAGCGAUUGCAGCUGAGGUUGCAGAUAAGCUUGCAGCUUCGAGCUCCUCUCAAUUAAUUAUGAGUUCUGUUCUCUCUACGUUUGCUGCAGAGGAGGCCAAGAAAGCUCAUCUCACAAAAGCUUCCACACCAUCAAGAUCAUUUACAUCCAUGCCCACAAGUUCGGGUGUGGACUCAGCUUCUAAACUAGAAAAACCUGCGUCAGUCUCAGAUCCUAAUAUAUAUGUGUCAGCACAACCGCUGACUGCUCCCCCUCCAAGCCAUUCAUACCAGUCAGUUUUAGUUCCCCAACCAACAAUGCAGAACCAAGCCUCAAAUUCUCAGGGUCAGUAUCACAUGCUUUCAAACCCAGCUUCCCAACAGUUCUUGCAGCCAUCCGGAGGGGUCAUGGUCCCAUAUGGUUAUAGUAGCAUUCCCCCCUUGCCUCCAGGACCCCCACCUCCCCCGCCACCGCAUAUGGUGAGUCCAAUGGUGCCUCUAACUCAGCAGCCAUUACAACUGACUCAGCAGAUGGCAAUGGCUCAGCCACCGCCAAUAACGCAGCAACCCCCAUCAACUCCUAGCUUUCGGCCACUUCAACCCCCAGGGAUUUUGUACUAUGGUCACCCUCAUCAUUCUCAGUUACACUAAUUCAACUUUGUAGACAGUAGGUAAGAUCAGUUUGACCAUGUUUUUAACCUUUUGACAUAAAGCAGUUUGUCGCGGUGAAAAUUUUGUUUUGUUAUUUUUUAUUAUAAUGAGAUAUAAAUUAAGAGGGUAGAAUAAUCUGAAUGCCUACCUCUAAUUUGUA